ACAGCAGUCUUUGCGAAUGUUUCAUAUUGAUGAUCUUCUUCCGUUGAAACGUUCUUCCCCCUCUUUCUCUCUCUCUCUUUUAAUAUGCAGCAUUUGAUCGUGCAAUACUGUACCUGAACAAAUAUUGAUCAAUGAUAUGCACUCUAAUUCGUCCGAUAGAAGAUUGCAUUGUUGCAUUUCUUCUAAAAACAACAUUUGUAUACUUUACUACCAUCACUUUCCCCUCAUACAAAAAUGACAGCCGCUGUUGAAACAUCAAAUAAUAGUAGCGCUUCAAAGUUCCCUAAAAGUCUAAAAUGGCGAACAAAGUUAUUCAAUAAAACCAAAGAGGUUGAAGAGAAUAUAGAAGAAGGUGCAAAAGGUGGAAAGCCAGCAUACGGAACAGUAGCACCAGAUCCAAAAGAAGUAGAAACGAAUCCAAUUCAAAACGUUGCUGGAACAGGAAUAAAUGUGAAUGAUGCUCAAAAAACGGCAGGAAAUCAAGAUGUAUUGGAAGAAAAAUACUUGGAAAACGGUAAAGAAGGAACACUGCAAACUACACCACCUUCCCCACGCAAGGAGGGCAAACAGAGACAAGUACAAGAAGAAGAUGGAGGAGCGGAACAAGCAUCAUCAUCUGGUAUUCCUUCUGAAGUUAGACGUGGAUCUUUGGCACCCGGUCAUAACCUCAGCGUAGACGAAGAAAGUGAUGAAGGAGAAGAAGAGGUAGACAAAAUCGUUUUCUAUCAUCGAACACAACCUUAUUUCUGGCUAAGCAAUUCUUCCGAUCAUCCUGUUUACCUUGACGGCGUUCGCUAUCCAACAGCAGAACACUGUUUUCAAGCAUUAAAAUUCUUACCACAUAAACCCGAAAUUAUUGCAAUGCGAACGGUUUUAUUACUUAAAUUUAGUCAAAAUACAACUUUGACAAAACAACUUUUACGUACAGGUGAUGCAGAAUUAAUCGAAGAUAGUCCAACAGACGCUUUUUGGGGUAUUGCUGCUGGUGGUGGUAGACAGGUUGGCGCUGGAAGGAACGAAUUGGGUAAAGCUCUCAUGCGAACAAGAGAAAGUAUUCGAAAUCAAUCUGGUUUGGGUUUCGGAAGUGGAGCGAAAACGGUUUAAGAUGGCUCUCAUUGUAUUCUCAUACACUCAUUAUAAUUGAUUGGUCAU